UUUACUCUGCCUCCAAAAAUUGAAUGGUCGAGACGAGUGAGUCAUCGAGUUGACUCGCCAAUAUUACGUUAACUGGUUUAGGGCCGUUCUCUGAAACCGAGACGGCGACGUUCACAUUCUUUCUCUUUCUCUUCUCCAUCUGCAAGCAUAUUAGAAUUGCAGAGAUGAAUAGCGGUACGAAAGCAGCCAUUUUUAUUCCUCAAAGAAAUUGUUUUCAGCUGCGGGCUUCUCUCUUUCAUUCUACUCCUUUCCUUGAACGCAAAAGACGCAAUUUUUGGGAUUGUAGAUCUAAUGGUUAUUCCCGGAGGUCAAGGAAGCUGCAAGGAAAGCAAACAUUACUCCAUAAUGUCAGUGCUUAUGCAGACUACUUAUUCAAGAGCUGGAGAGAUGAUUUUGAUGAAGAUGAGACACCUUCUAGCAGAAGCAGCUCAUGGUUCAGAAAGCAAUACUCUAAGGGAUCUAGACGGAACUGGACUCGCAAUCAGGGAACCCAACGGGCUGGUAGAAAAGGCUUCCAGUUUUGUGAAGACGACAUAGACGUGGAGACCAUCUUCCGAUCAGCAUUUGGUGGAAAUCCAUACUUCUACUGGUCUUUCAUAAAUGAAGAGAAUCUUCAAGGGAGAAGUUCAUCUGGUUACUCUAAUUACUAUGGAAGGAACUGGAGAUACCGGAUGGAAUAUGAUUAUGAUUCUUCCCCAGAACUGGAUGGUUUGGAGUCAGAGUUGGCUUCAGAUAGGCUUGCCCUUGGGCUGAGUGCUUCUGGUCCUCUUAAACUCGAAGAUGUUAAAAGCGCAUAUCGCGAAUGUGCACUGAAAUGGCAUCCAGAUCGUCACCAGGGCUCUUCUAAGGCAAUUGCAGAGGAAAAGUUCAAGCAUUGCAGUGCAGCAUAUCAAUCGUUACGCGAUAAGCUAGCUGCUGCUGCUUAGUCUGCAUGUGAGUUGAAGCUGCAGCUCCUUUGGUGAUGCCAGUAGAUGUAAUGUACUCAUCAAUGUAUUAUUGAAUUUUAUAGCUGACAAGUUUCAGGAGAUGGUGCUGGAAUUAUAGCAUUUCUGAAUUCCACCCACAAAAGUGUAGAAUGCAAUAACCAUCAUCCAUCAGAUGGAAAGAUAAAGAUAGGAUGCCAUUUUUGUAGCAUUAAAUUAUAUUUUAACAUAUUUAUUCAAAAUUUUCUAUGUUACAAAUUGAGAUUAGAUUUUGAA